GCAUGCCAUCCCUUGGAGACUGGUGACUGGGUCUACUGUAAGGUGUUCCAACGAAAGUCUGCCUUGGAGCCCAGGUGGAAAGGUCCGUUCCAGGUCUUACUAACUACUCACACUGCAGUAAAGUGCCAAGGACUCCCAAAUUGGGUACACGCAUCUCACUGCAAGAAGGUAACGCCUCCUUUGGAUCCCAUCAGUACCCCGGCUGUUCUACAACCUCGGCUGACAACGUCAGCAGGUGAACCUAAGCAAAAACCCAAGUAUCACCUUCGAAGUCGGCAGGUUAUAUAAGGCAUCAUGACCGAUCCACAGACUAAGAUCAAACAGACUGCUCGAGUGCGGAAAUGGCUGUUGCCCUCUAUCUGGUUUAUUACCAUUCUACUGUUUUUUAUGUUUCUUUUGAACAUUUAUGACUCUUACCUACUCUCAGUUACUGCCCGAAAGACUACUUCGCUACGUCUCCUGUCAACAGAAAAACCAAAAGCCAAAACAACCACUCCACCCUACCCAAUGUGCGGGAUAGCAGUUAAAGAAAAGGGAAAAAUCACUCCCCGUUCCACUCCGUGUGACGAACAAAACCUUGCUGCCGAACAAAGGAAGAAAGUAAGAAAGUCUCGAGAAGCCUCCACUGCUAAACUCAAAACUCUUACUAUAGAGGACGUUAAAAAUUGGCCAUGGUAUAAAAGACGUUACGUAAUGUGGUAUCAGGGAGGCUCUUGUGGCCGACAGGCUUGGUCAUGUGGGGUACAUUGGUAUUUGGGAUUUCUCCCCGGUACAGCUGAUUGCAACCCACCACAGGUCCCCUGGCCAUGUUACGUCAUUCCAGAAUUACUAGACCACACUUCCACUGUUCCCCCCACGGUCCCUCCCCUAAGUAAUCCUCCCAUAGUAACCCCAUCUAUUAGUAUUUCAAACAGUCGUACCCACCUUGAGCCCCAUGCAAAUCCAUACUUACCCAAAACCUCAACCAUCAGGCAAUGGCCUAGGCCCUCUUCCACUAAUUUGUUUUCCUACUGCCUAACUAAGUUAAUUUUCUCCUUGCAGGGUCAAGUGUACCAACGGUAUGUUAAAUGGAAUGCGUUUGGUAUGGUAUCUAAUGUUACUGUUAACAGAAUAUGUUUAGCUGCUGUAGGGUUUGUUUGUGCUCAGGACAUUCCCAUCACUGAAAACCUGACUUGCACAUUACUUCAAUACACCCCUUCACACUCAAUCAACAUCACACUGGCCAAAGAGGGCAUUCAGGUACAAAGCCAACAAUUGUGGUAUGAGCCCACUGAAAACCCCCAUUUAUCAGGGUUCAGAUGGACAAUACUAAAUGCUACCUUGGGAACUGUCCAUUUCUCCAUACCUCUCACUCACUUCCAAAUUACUAGUACUUAUUCUAAUUGCUCUAAGGGUGCGGCUAUACGCCUACUAGAGCAGCAGGCUAGACUUGCAGAAAAAAGAAAAAGAAGAGAUAUUGUUGACACUCUACUGCAUGGUGCCAACACUGCAGCGUCAGCCUGGACUCUAUAUAAAACGCAGGAACAUGACAGUCAUCUGGGACAACUAGACCAAGCUCAGGGGUUUAUUUCCGGGGCUCAGAUAACUGAGGAGAAGGCCGGUAUAGGCGCACUCCAUACUAUUUCGGCACUAAGUAUUGUUACCCAGGACCUACUUAAGCAAAUGGUUCACCAGGUUGCCACAUCAGGAAAGGCAUUGCAGUGGGACCAAGCGUGUUCAGAAGUACAGGAUUAUCUUAACACUAUCCUUUUUUCCUUACGUAAGGACCUUGAACAGCAGCGCUGGCCCACUGCCCUUACUAAUACAUCAGGUAUACCCCUCGAUUUGUGGCCUUGGAGACUUACGUGGAAAUUCUCUAAAUGGAGGUGUUGGCGCUCACAGUGUUCCUUCCGGGCUUAUGGACCCGUGAAAGGAUUUUGGGCCCCCACUUACCGUAUCCUUCCAGGCCCUUGGGGUGGUUGCUUAUGGGACUGGGUAAUUCAUCGAGAUGUUUGGGAAAUUAAACCCCCUGGCGGUCCUAACCGCUUCUUAAUUGGUGCCCCAGCUAUAACCCCUGACCUUUGGAUAGGUCUAGGUGAUCUUUGGACCUAUUGGCCUUUACAACCCCCACAACUGCAAUGUUUUAGAAAAUUACACCCAGGGGAGGUAGUAACUGUUUAUCACCGAGUAUGUUGGGAAGGUCUUGGUACUUUACAAGACCUAACCUCCCAUGAUCUAUUAUCUGCUAACAGCAGUUGCGUUCAUGUUAAUUCCUCAAUCAUACACGAUGUGGCCUUUAACCUCCACACCAGCUCAGGCACUCACAACAUUUACUGGCCCGCAGAAAAGGAUUAUCAGGUUUAUUUAAAAUUUCAGGUUCCUUUUGAUUGGACCUCUGUUGUUCCUGACCGAUUCCAUUCAUUGUUAUCCCUCCUACCAGACAUUCAAUCUAUUUCACAUUUGCAAACCCAAAUUCACUACUUAGAAACUGUUUACCAAGAAGCUUUAAAUGCUCUUCAAACGGUUCAUUUGGUCUCCACCCUUUGUAUUAAAGGUGAUGUUCUGUGUCAGCUCACAAAAAGUUUUCAGUCGCCCCAAAAACACCCUUGGUAUGUAUGGCUUCUUUUUGCCAUUGGUACAGUUACCUUUGUAUGUAUUUGCUGUUGGUGUUGCUGUAAUUGCUUGUCACAUUGUACUUGCCUUAGUACAAUUUCCCGUUCCUAUCCCCCACCAUAAAUGGUCUCUAUUAACCCUGUUAGGACUGCAUCAUAUUACACACCCACCAAUGCCAGUGAUGAUAUUUAUGUUACAUUCGACAUUGAAACCCCUUCCAGUGCUCCCCAGGAAGGCAAUUCAGGCCAGGAAACAGUAAAUCAGCAAUUAAUUGAAAACAUUGCGCAGGAACUUAUGAAUAUUUCAAAUUUCGAUGAAGUGUUUGCUGCUGAGGAGAGCCCAGUAGCAGCAAACAAAGGAGGGGAUUGAUAAAGAAAGCUGACCCCAGGCCCAAAGACCGGGUCUUAAUCAAGUUAAUAAUCAUAUCAAGGCCUUAGGCCUCAAUCACA